UCUGUUGUCGAACAGCACCAAGUUUGUUUCUUGGACGUGGUUGUAAAAAAUUAAAGUGUGUUCUUUAGUAGUGAAAUUAAAUUCAACAUAAUAAUAACAAUUAUUGUUAUUGUCAUCAUACUUUUUUAUCAAUAAUUAGUAAUAAUAAGCAAAUAAUACGAACCGAACGAACUAGAAUUGCGAAACGCAAAUGCUUCUCGCCUUUCUAGCCACCGUGGACUUUCAUAGAAGCCAUUUAUUUAAGUGCGGUUAUAAAUUAUUUAAAUAAUAAUAAUAAUACGAAUGAACGAACAGCUGAUGUGCCAACGUCACUAGAAUUUUAAUAAACAAACAAUUUAUAAAUAAAGUACUAGUAGUUGAACAAGUGAUUGAGCAUUUUUAAUAUUUUAAAAUAAGAUAAAAACUAUUUACAAUGUGGAGACAAUCAGAAGGAAAGCAAUCAACAGACAAGCAUGUUACAGAUAUCGAGAAAAAAACAGCGGAUCAGGACUCGGGGACCAUUGACUCGGGUUUCAUAUCGUCAGCUAAUUUAAUUCUGAGUUCCACGGAUCUCAGCAGCGAAAAUUUAUCGUCUUACAUCGACGAAGGACAGGAAGCUGUGGACGCUCCAUUCUCAAAGAGCGAAACUGCCGUCAAAGAUUCUACUGCUGUUGAUAGUGGCCUUGAUCUUAGUAUCUGUGAGAGUUUGAGUAUGAAUUUGCAACAAGUGUCCCUUAAUCCUCUGCAAGAGAAAAAUCAGGCGCAAUCAGAGCCUGCGCUUCAGCCAAUUGGCGACAAAGAAAAUGAUAAUGUUACGGAAAAAUCACUUCCCAUGGAAGUGGAAAAAUGGAAAAUAUUCUAUGGACAGAACAGCGAUGGUGAUACGCAAUUACACGUAGCAAUUAUUUACGGAUGCUUUGAAGAGGCUGCUUGGAAGCUGAUUGAAAUGGUGCCUCACCCUUGUCUUUUAGACAUUCAAAAUGUCUAUAGACAGAGUCCAUUACACUUGUCCGUGCUGACAAACCAAAUGAGAAUCACACGGCGUCUCAUACUCGGGGGUGCAAAUCCAAGUAUUCAAGACAGCGAAGGCAACACACCGCUUCACUUAGCUUGCUCAACAGGAGAUUUAUCAUCAGCUUACGCGCUGACCGAGCCUCUCUCAAACUUUGAGCGUUCAUACCUGGGUCCUCACUGCCGUAUUCCUGCUUUACCACAAGAUUUAGAACAACGAAAUUUUAAAGGACAAAUGUGCAUCCAUAUUGCCGCUAAAAAGAAUCACGUAGACAUUAUGCGAUUGUUAUUACGGCUGGGAGCCAAUCUUGAAGCAAGAGAAGGACUGGGAGGCAAAACAGCGCUUCAUAUCGCCAUUGAAUCCAACUGCACGUCGGUCUUAAACUUUAUACUGGAAGAAUGCAGACCUUGUUUUGAUACUCGAAACUACGCUGGAAUAACCGCCUAUCAACUAGCCGCGUGUAUUAAUAAGCAGAUGGCAAACAGACUGGUACAAUUCGGUGCCGAUCCCAAGUUUAAAGAUGAAUCUGACUCAGAUUUAAGUGAUGAAUCGGAAGAUGAUGAAGAGAUAUAUGUAACUGAAUUUCCAAGGCAUAGACGUCAAGAUUAUAGACUCACUGUAUAAAAAAAAAAAAAAAAAAUUAUUUAACUUAGGAUAAAAUUAUUAAUUUUCUGUUAAAGUUAAAAGAGGGAUUUACAUUAACGUAAAUUGAUAA